AUGGUAACUUUACUUUCGUCAUUUCCACGUCUUACCUAUUUGGCAGUGUUUGCUGAUGAUGUGGAUAAUGAUAUGGCGGAUGGUUUUGCCUGGGCACAAUCAUUACAACAUAUCAAACGUUUCGAGUUUGAACUUCAAUUUUCUGAUGAUGCUUUCCAACAACAACCAUUCAAUCUUGACUCAUUUCGCACGAAAUUUUGGCUGGAAGAGAAAAAAUGGUUUGUUACAUACGAUCGAAGCUUUAAAGCUGAUGAAUGUUUCAUGCACUAUUCGAGUAACUUUUCAAUUAUUUGCUAUCCAUCACCUCAGAGGAUUCGAACGGUAAUAUCAGAAUCAAAUGCAUCAGAGUCAACAUUUUUUUCUUAUGUUCAUUGUUUAAUAAUUAAUGAUCAAUAUCUGAAAUGUCAGCACUUACACCCGUACACUAAUAUCAAAAAGUUGUACUUGUCACAAGUUACUACUACAUUUCCUUCGACGCUCAAAGAUCUCACAGCUGGUCUUGAUACAUCACAAAUUACGACAUGUAGCAUUGGUCGCGAAUGGAAUACAAAUUUGCCUUACGAACACAUCGAAUUUUUACGCAGUUUACCUCGUUUAUGUCGGCUCGAAGUGUCUGGUAUUAGUCUCAGUUGUCUUUUUCUUUAUCAGUGGCCUCAUAUUAUUCAUUUGAAAAUUGAAUAUGAUUACGAGCAUAGGAUUCAUGUAUUAUCGUCAAAUGAUAUCGAUGCACUUUGUCAUUCGUUUACUCAUGUCGAACGACUUGACAUUCACUCGUCAUCUAUUCCUGAUCUAGCACAAGUUAUUAAUAGAAUGAAAAUGACAUUAAGAGAAAUACGCAUUAGACAACCACGCGACGUCGACAAUGAACAAUUUAUAACUCGUGAAUGGAUCAAACGAAAUACAGAUGUACAAAAUUUUUACUACACAUGUGAUGAUGGGAAUGUAGUCAGAAUGUGGCUUUGA